UGUACAACAUAUUUGCCCGUCUUUAUCCACAAGGCACCAAGGCAACUGGACCAUUGUGGCGAUACCAGAAUGGGUUGUAGACAAAGCUUUAGGCAAUGCUGUGACCGGCCGAAAAAUACCAACGUCCGAAUUAGUCUUCCAGCAGUGUGUUUCGUAUGGCAAAUUGUCAUGAUCAUCUUAUUCGGCAUUUUUAUCCGUUAUGACCAAGAAUCCGACGCACAUUGGGCAGAGUAUAGAAAAUUUCAAAAUAUUUCCAGUGACAUUGAGAACGACUUCUAUUUCAGAUACCCAAGUUUCCAGGACGUCCAUGUGAUGAUCUUUGUGGGCUUCGGUUUCCUCAUGACCUUCCUGAAGCGCUACAGCUUUAGCGCCGUGGGCUUCAACUUCCUCAUCGCUGCCUUCGGCCUUCAGUGGGCGCUGCUGAUGCAGGGCUGGUUCCAAUCUCUGGACCCCAUGGACGGAAAGAUCAAGAUCAGCAUGGAGAGUCUGAUCAAUGCAGAUUUCUGUGUAGCCAGCUGCCUAAUAGCGUAUGGGGCGGUGCUAGGCAAGUUGAGCCCAGUCCAGCUGAUGGUGAUGACACUGUUUGGAAUCACUCUGUAUGCUGUGGAUGAGUUCAUCAUCCUCAACCUCAUACAUGCCAGGGAUGCUGGCGGCUCCAUGGUGAUCCACACAUUCGGGGCUUAUUAUGGUCUGUCCAUCUCGUGGAUGCUGUACCGGCCCAACCUGGACCAGAGCAAGCGUCUGAAUGGCUCUGUCUACCACUCAGACGUCUUUGCCAUGAUCGGAACCCUGUUCCUGUGGAUGUUCUGGCCUAGUUUUAACUCAGCCAUCACGGACCACGGGGAUGGGCAACAUCGAGCGGCCAUCAACACCUACCUGGCCCUGGCCUCCACUGUCCUCACCACCGUAGCCAUCUCCAGUCUCUCCCAGAAGACUGGCAAGCUGGACAUGGUUCACAUCCAGAACUCCACGCUGGCAGGGGGUGUUGCCGUGGGUACGGCAGCAGAGUUCAUGCUAAUGCCUUAUGGGUCUCUGAUCAUAGGGUUCUGCUGUGGCAUCAUCUCCACCCUGGGCUACAUCUAUAUCACGCCUUUCAUGGAGAAGUAUCUGAAGAUCCAGGACACGUGUGGCAUCCACAACCUCCACGCCAUGCCUGGGGUCAUAGGGGGCAUUGUGGGCGCCGUCACUGCAGCAGCCGCCAGUGAAGGGGUCUAUGGCAAGGCGGGGUUGAUAAACACAUUUGACUUCACGGGGAAAUGGAAAGACAUGGUGCCGAGCCGGCAGGGAGGACACCAGGCAGCAGGGCUCUGUAUUGCCCUCUGCUUUGGAGUCGGAGGAGGAAUCAUUGUUGGAUGGUGUUUGUCCCUAGGCUGUAUCCUGAGGAUGCCUAUCUGGGGGGAUGCUCCUGAUGACAACUGCUUUGACGAUGAACUCUACUGGGAGUUACCUGAGGAUGAAGAGAGCAUUCCACCUAUACUGGAGGACAACAACCACAUGCGGAACAGGGAUGUUACAGAAUCCCAUUUCUCUAUGGAACAGAGUCAGAACUGACGCUAGAGCCUGAUGUCAUCUCCCCCCUACAAAAACUGAUGGUUCUAUCCUACACUGACUCAUGCUGGACAGAAAACACUCCUAUCCUCCUGUUCUGUUCAUGGAAUUUAGUCUACUUUACAUUGGAAUCACAACAAGAACUCCCUGAGAAACAGUGACAAUUAUCUUUGUUUAAUGAAAUAGUUUUGGCAAAUGAUAGAAUAACCAGACAAAAAUAAUGGUGCCAUGUUUCUAUCACCAGUCAGGCCUAAGUCGAAUCCUAAGCAGGUAACCCUACAUCAUUAAUAUUAACAGUAAGAUAGGUGACUGUACACUUUAUUUUCCACAUUGUCAUUGUGUCACCUUACCAAAUAAAGACCACAUGCCAAACCACUGGUGAUGCUGGUGUGAGAGGAAUUAUUGCAUUAAUCGGAAUUUGUGGAGAUUCUGUCCUUUGUGACAGGUAUAAUCAAAUACAAUUGUCACAUGCUUUGUAAACAACAGGUGUAGACUAACAGUGAAACGCUUCCUUACGGGCCCCUUCCCAAAAAUGCAGAAGCAGAAAUGGUCAGGAACCCUAACACGGCAGCUAUCCACUGCAGCGCCAUCUUCAAUCUUCUACUGUAUGUCAUCUUUUGUUUAUAGUUUAGGUUGAUGUUUUUUAGGUCCAGUUGGUUUUAUGGUUUAUCCAAAUGGCUCUAUGGAAUUUCAGCUCAAGCUUUCAUCGUUUAGUCAUAGAACCUGAUUAAAUUUGCAUCGCUGCAUUCAAGGAGUGUAAAGUAUAUUUAUGACUGUAGAGAAAGGGGGUACAUUACCGGUGUUUAUAGUGAGAUGUGAAUUUGAUUAAACUAAAUCAAGGCAAAUGAAAACUGCUGUGUUUGGAUGUCUUCACUUAUAACCUGUUUUACAUAUUUAAUUUAUUGUUCAUUCUAAUCUGUACGUUAUGAAGCAUUUUAUUAAAUCUAGCUACCCAUUUGUGCAACCUCGUCACGAAGUGUUUGAGACUAUUGUAGUGGAGUAGGUCUACUGUAGCAGGUCUUCACAGGUCCCCCAAACUCGACGACCUGAGAGGGUCCAGGUCCAAAAUUCCUGAUUGUAUCAUUUCUCGGGUGUAUGUAGCUACCAGUGGUGGACCCAACUACAGCUCUGCAUUGCCUAAAGCAUUUAUUGACUUAUAGAUGGCCUAGCCAACACAUAAAACUCUGUUCAUUAACCAGAAGUGAAACUUCUGAUAAACCUUGUCACUCUGGUCCAAUUGGAUCCUGGUCUUGGUCCAACUUUUUGCACCUGAGAAGACCUCUGUGUAGCUUAUUUUUUCACAAGUAUGUGGUGCAUUUUCACUAAGCACAGCAGUCUAAACAGAUACUCAAAAUGGCUAAUGUUUAAAAACUAAGCACAUUCAGUUGACUGAGUAACUAAAUUUACACGUUGACUUGUUCACUGCACCAAAUCACUCUUAAUUUGGAUACAUAUUCGAUAUGAGUAUUUGCUUUUCAAAAUGCGAUAUUCACUUUAAUUAUUAUUUUCUUUUAAUUUGUUAGUACAAUUAACUUCAUCUAACCACUCAAAUCUGAAAACUACUGAACCAAAGUUAUGUAGUGCCUAGUUAACGUGUGUAGUUUGACAACUGCUGAACACUAUAUUUUUACCUCAAAUGUAUCAGUUUAUAAAUGUUGGAAGGUAAAACUAAAUCAUAUGUCUGUAAAUAGUACAUCAUUCCCCAUCUGCCGGUGUGCUUCAAUAGGACAAAGUGGAAAGUCACCCUGCACUACCAUUGCUGAAAUACCUGAUUUGUAUAUAACCAUAUAAUCCAUAUAUUUAAUUGAUACACUAAGAUGAUUAAUUCCAAGCAGAGAGACGGGCAAUACUGUAUCAGUUGACAAGUCUUGUAGAAAAAGUCAUCUUGUACAAGGUUUCAUUGGUCAAAACUGGAAUUUCACGAGUUAAGGACCAGACAUUGAAAUGGGUUUAGAAUUUUUAUUGAGGAUAUGGAAUUGGACGUGAGAAUGAGGAUGAGAAUGGACCAGAUGAAGCAGAGGGCUGCAGAUGAAGGAUCCAGGGGGUGGAAUCUAGAGAUUGGAGUCUUAGGUAGACAUGGUCAGGCCAUGGUAGUUAUGCUGCUGUGGAAAACUCCAAGUUAGUCUGACUCUGGAGAGGAAUUGAGCUGUUCUGGACUGCAGGUGCUGAAUGGUUGGCGAUAUAGUUGAGGUAGUACAGGCAUAUGGAUGAGAUGCCCAUGGAGUUACCCAACCUUAAACCCCAGGAGAGCAAGCAGAAGCGACGGUGGCAAGGAAAAGAACUCCCUUGGAGGAAGAAAACCUUAAGAGGAAGCAGGCUUAGCUGAGGAGCCAAUCCUCUUUUGGCUGAUUAGGUAGGAUUCUGUGUGUGAGGUGGAUGGUGUCUGUAAACUGAGGCAGGAACUGGAGAACUGCUUGAGUUAAUGCAGGUUCUAAGAGAUGAGCAUGUUGUGGGCUGUUGUCAGAGUGGAUGUAGGAAUGAUAGGCUUGAGGGGACCAGCAUCCAAGGAGUGUUUGGGAUGCCGUGUCGAGAUGCCAUGGAUGCAGCUCUGAUGUGGAAGUAGUGUCUGGAGAAUUGGUCAGAUAGGGAUAGCUUGUCUCAGAUGUGAAUGGAACCAUUGGCGAGGUGAUGGAGCCAGAUUCGGUGAUGAAUAGUGGAUCAGAUGGAGAGGCAUGUUGAGCUUAUCUGGGUUGUAGACAGUAGGUGAGUGGUUUGUGAGGGCUGAGGAUAGAUGGUAGCCGGAACAGGUAGACUGGUUUACUUCUGCCCAACUGAUCGGUUUACCUUGUUUGAUGUUGAAGGAAACUUUUUCGAGGAUGGCGUUGUCUGAUAUGCUGAGAUGAGAAGUGAUUUAGGUAAAUGAUAGAGGAUGUCAACUCAAAACGUUGCAGGAAGUGCUUCAAAAAGAACCAUUUUGAAAUGUUUAUCUUGUAUUUUUUGCUAAUGCAAUAAAUGGUAGUUACAAUUACAAAAGGGUGAGCCUAUCAUUGGGCUCCUGAGUGGCGCAGCGUUCUAAGGCACUGCAUUUUGGUGCUAGAGGCGUCACUACAGGCCCUGGUUCGAUUCCAGGCUGUAUCACAACCGGCCGUGAUUGAGAGUCCCAUAGGGUGGCGGACAACUGGCCCAGUGUCAUUAGGGUUUGGCCGUCAUUGUAAAUAAGGAUUUGUUGUUUGUGCUUCUGACUUGCCUAGUUAAAUAAAUAAACUUAAAAAUCAUUAUCUGAUGUGUUGGUGAUUAAACAAAAUGUGCUCAUGGAAUUUCAUGGGAAAAAUUUGAUUUUUCAUGAAUGACACGGGUGAAAGUGUGAAUCCCCCAUUAAUGCACAAUUAAAGGUUCUGAACAGAUUUUUAAGGUCUUGCCUAUGGAAAGACUUAGCACUAAAAUGAAAUUAAAACAUUUAUACUAGGAGGAUGUCAUAUCAUUGGAUGAGUGGGUGAGUGACCGACUUUUCCCCCUCAUAUAAUUUGCCGGUGGCUGCAGCUAGAGAUGCAGGCGUAAUUUGGUUAGUUAGCAAGAAUUGUGAAUCGCUUUGCUAGCUAGCUAGCUAUGCUGAACUCGAACAACUGUUAACCAGUUAGCAUAUCUCUUGCGUUCAUAAAUUCACUCUGGCUAACUACUCCGAUUUCAGAGCACUCUUGUCUGAGUGUAUCAGAGCGCAGAAUAACUGAUGAAUUUACCGACUUUCAACACCCUCUGAAUAUGACUGGCGUCAGUAAAUGGCGGCAAAAAAAAAGUAAUUCAAUUGUUGCCAGCAGCGCAGUUAGUCACCAACGCUCUAGAUAAAAUGAAAACGGCCUAACCAGCUCUGCUAGGGCGAGCAAAACGGUCAGUGUUAAAAACGAAGUGUCAUAUUCUUCCUGGGAGUGUAUAUGAACAGAUUUCAUGUCCACUUUAACUCAGUGUAAAGGGAGUAAGGGGAUACAAUACUGUUUGUGCCGAUACGUAAACUUAUUGCAUCGUGAAAUGUGAGAUGUGUAUCUGAGCAGAAAGUUGGGCAACUAUGUGGAAAUCUUUAAUUUUUUUAUUUUCAUUUUGAUGUGUUUGUUGUUAUUGUUGUACUUUUUUUCUAUUACACUAUUUUGUUUCUGAUUGUUAUCAUUGUUUCUGUCUUUGUUGAUGUUGUUUUUGUUUAAUAUCUAUCAAUAUAACAAAGAAAGAAACAUUAAGAACCUUUACAUUGAGAAUGUCAAGGCAAUAUAUACUGUCUGUCACUCAAUUGUGUUUUUCAAUUAUCCUUAUGUUUAAAGAACUGUGAUAUUUGUUUAAAACAAUUUAAGAUACAGUAUAUAGGCCCUACCACAAAUAUGGAUAUUUUUACUCCUAUUGUAACUAAUGUAAUCAACUGCCUUUGUGAUGUGAAAUUAAAUCAUUAAAACUAGUUUACAGUGAGAAUGGAAUAGCUGUUUCAUUAAUGACGAUGUA